AUGUUCUUUUUGGUUUUUGAAACAAGCUGGCUCUUGAAUAUUCCCUUGAAUGAUUAUCUUAUUGAAAAUAUUAAAUUCACUAUGAAAUGGGUGAUGUUGGCUAUUGGUAAAAUAUGUAAUUAAUUAAAUAUUUAUAUUAGUAGGCCAAUCAAAAUCUUUAAACUGA